AUAACACAUGAUUUAUUUCUAAUCUCCAUUUUGUAAUCCAGGAACAAAUCCCCUGCUGAAAGAUAUAUUAUAUCGCACAGAGAAAGGUACUGAACUUCAUGUGGAUUUUGGGCUGGGACCGAUGCACUUGUUACAGAUAUCGUGGAGAAUCUCGAUAUAGAUUUAACGUCUACAGAUUCUGCUGUCCAAACUAUUAUGGCACUGACUGCGACAAACCAUACUGCUUCGGUGCAGAAGACUGUAAAAAUGGUGACUGUGUGAGACCAGAUGUAUGUAACUGCAACCCCGACUACACAGGGAUGAAGUGUCUUCAACCAGUAUGCACCAAAUCAUGCCUAAAUGGUGGUACGUGUACGAAACCUGACAAUGCACUUGUAGAGAAGACUGGACCAGCACUGACUGCUCUGAGCCAACAUGUAUAUCAAUAGGAGGUUGUAAACAUGGAAGGUGUACUGGUCUCAACAGACGUUCCUGUUCACUGGGUUAGACAGGCAAGCGAUGCGACAAACCUCACUGUAACAAUCCUUGUGUCCAAGGAGAGUGUACUAAGCCAAAUCAUUGUACCUGUGAUCAAGAUUGGGAUGGGCAGAUGUGUGCCGAAGCUAUAUGUAAGCCAGACUGUCGUAAUGAUGGCGAAUGUGUGGCCCCUGGUAAUUGCAGCUGCCCAAUUGGUUGGGAAGGAGAUCAUUGUGAAAAUCCUAUCUGCAACAAAACAUGCGAACAUGGAGAAUGCCAAGGUCCCAAUUUCUGCUCAUGUGAUAAAUUCUACCAAGGUGAUUGGUGUUAAGUGCCUGUGUGCCAAAGUCCAUGCCAGAACGGAGGCAAUUGUACAGCUCCAGGAAAAAGUUCUUGUCCCAUAAUGUUCACAGGAGAUCUAUGUGAGACUCAGCUCUGUAAUGAUGUAGAUCCACCCAAAAACAGCCUCUCCUAUUGUGCAACGUACAGUGGCAAGCGUAUGUGCACUUUCUCAUGCAUCAACGGCUUUGGAUUCCCUUCAAUUAUUGCAAAUGGAGGUUGGAAUCCUUCGUUCUGCCUAGAAUCAUCUAGGUGAUCACAUGAAGUGAGUCUUAACAGAGCAACAGUGCCUGACUGUGUAAAGGUCAAGAGCCCAUAUAUAAUUUUUGGUAUCACAACAGACUUCAUCUACACGGCCAUUGUCAAAAUCUGACAGAAGUAGAGAAAGACAAAGUAAGGGACAUGUUCAAGUCUGUUGUUGAACAGCAAAUGAGAGCUGUAUGUCAGAACACUAUCUGUAAUGACACUACAUUGAGCGAAGAAUUUCAUUGCCAUCGUAUCUCCGAAAGAUCUGACACUCAGUUCAGAUCAAAACUUACUGUAAAACUAAAAAUCAAACUAAAGCUACCGCCAAAGUUUUGAAUCAAACCAUUUGUGACCAAAGCUGUCUCCACUCCUUGCAAAAUUUAGUGGCAACAGGAAAAACAUUACAAAACUGAAAAACACCCUGGAAUCAUCAGAUAUUGGAACAAUAAAAAUUGGAAACCAAACAGUGUUGUCUUUUGUCAAGGGAUCAUCUAGAGAAUUACA